AUGGGGGGCGAGGACGACUACUAUGCGUUCGACAACGAGUCCCUGCUGCGCUCAAGAAGUGCGAAACGCGUUGAACGGGGUGAUUCGCUCGUGAGGCGGGACAGAAACAACUUCACAGACCCACAGAAUCCGCAUCACUUUUAUGCACAGAAAGCACAGGAACAGCAAAGAAAAGGACAUGUCCAAGUCCAGGAGUCUAUACCUCUGCAAGACUUGUCUAAACUGCAGCCUGCUACGCCUAAAAAACAAAAAACUGAGGCGAUAACGUUUUGGCAACUGUACGCGUAUGCAAUCACUUUUUGGGCACCCGGGCCUCUUCUUGCGCUUUGUGGGAUGCCAAAAAAGGAGAGACAAUUUGCAUGGCGUGAGAAGAUAGCUCUGCUCUCGAUUAUCUUUUACGCGGGCGCGUUUGUUGCCUACUUGACCUUUGGUUUCACACGGACCGUCUGUGAUGCGUCGCAAUUGCGACUUCGAAGUAAUAAAAUUUCGGACGGUUACCUUAUCAUCAAUGGCAAAGCGUACGCUUUGGAUUCGUCAUCACAUCCAGCUGCUGCUGGUAUUGACGCUGGAACCAAUGUGUUGUAUCCGCCGAUAAAUGCGGGCGGUAAAGACGCCACUUUCCUGUUUCAAAACGUUAACGGUAAUUGUCACGAUAUCAUAAAACCUAGAGAUAACUGUUCCAUUCCUCACGAUAAUGAUGGCAGAUUGGCGUGGUACUUUCCUUGUAAGGUUUUCUCUCAAGACGGUAGCACCAAACCGAAUUUUACCAAGAGCGAAUACUAUGAUGGGUGGGCAUGUCACACAUCAAAAGAGGCCAGAGAGGCCUAUUAUUCUUUGAAAGCUGCCGCAGACGUCUAUUUCACCUGGAAUGACAUCGUGAACUCGACUAGGAAUCUAGUUGUGUACAACGGCCACGUUCUGGACCUCGACCUUCUUGAUUGGCUUGAAACCGACGACUUGACAUAUCCUGCAUUGUUCGAUGACUUAAGAAAGUCAGAGCUUCAGGGUUAUGAUAUAUCAAUUGCACUUUCCAACUCUUACGAACGUGAAGUGGCACGCUGUCUGAUCGAAAUCAUAAGGGUUGGAGAAAUCGAUUCGUCUACCAUUGGCUGUAUUGCGUCGAGUGUGGUCCUCUACAUUUCCUUGAUUUUCAUUCUUUCUGUGGUAUUCAGCAAAUUCUUUGUCUCCUGUUACUUUCGUUGGGUCGUUGCUAAGAAGCAAGGCGCUUCUGCUGUCGACAACAAAACCAUGAAUGAGCAUACCAAUAAAAUCGAGGACUGGGCCGAUAACAUUGACAUUCAGGGCCCCAUUAAAAGAAUAGACCCUCCAAGGGGUCGCUCAGAUGGUCACAGGAGGAAAUCAACAAUCGACCUCAUCAGGCAAAACUCAAGGUUACUUUUGAAUGAUUUUUCAAACAAGGCGGACUCGUUUAAAGGAUUGACAACCAUGACAACGCAGUCGCUUCAGAAGUCGAACGACGAGGAUGCAAAUGUGAAUAGACAAAUAAUUCAGUCGCCAUUCACAAGCGAUGUGGCUCCAGGCUCUAUUGAAAAUAUGAAAACACUUGACCCAACGAUCAUUCAUUCAGAGGUUGUGGCACAGCCCCCACCAGACUUCAUGCCUUAUGGUUUCCCGCUUGUACAUACAAUUUGUUUCGUCACUUGCUAUUCCGAAGAUGAGAAAGCAAUUCGCACAACGCUUGACUCCUUGGCAACCACUGAUUACCCAAACUCUCACAAGCUCUUGAUGAUAGUGUGUGAUGGACUUAUCAAGGGUUCAGGAAAUGACAUGACAACUCCCGAUAUAGUGCUGGGAAUGAUGGAAGAUUUCAUUAUCCCUCCAGAACAAGUCGAGCCUCAUUCCUACGUGGCCGUGGCUUCUGGGGUGAAAAGACACAACAUGGCCAAAAUCUAUGGCGGAUUUUACAAAUAUGACAAGGAAACUAUUGGACCUGAUCUCCAGCAAAAGGUGCCCAUGGUCAUUAUCGUGAAAUGUGGUACUCCAGACGAACAAGCAUCAUUGAAACCUGGUAACAGAGGUAAGCGUGACUCUCAGGUCAUUCUGAUGUCCUUUUUACAGCGGAUUACUUUUGAUGAAAGAAUGACAGUCUUCGAGUAUGAGUUACUGAAAGCAAUCUGGCAGGUUACGGGUUUGAUGUCGGAUUUUUAUGAGCUUGUUUUGAUGGUGGAUGCAGACACUAAGGUAUUUCCUGACUCCUUGACCCACAUGGCUGCGGAAAUGGUCAAAGACCCAGAAAUAAUGGGUCUUUGUGGUGAGACAAAGAUUGCCAAUAAAAGAGAUAGCUGGGUUACCUGGAUACAGGUUUUUGAAUAUUACAUCUCUCAUCAUCAAGCUAAGGCAUUCGAAUCAGUUUUUGGUAGCGUAACCUGUUUGCCUGGUUGCUUCUCGAUGUAUCGAAUCAAAUCACCUAAAGGCAGCGACGGAUAUUGGGUCCCUAUCAUUGCCAAUCCUGAUAUUGUUGAGAGAUAUUCCGACAAUGAUACUGGUAACCUGCAUAAGAAGAAUCUGCUUCUAUUAGGUGAAGAUAGAUUUUUGUCCUCCUUAAUGCUAAAGACCUUUCCAAAGAGAAAACAAAUAUUUGUUCCCAAAGCGGCAUGUAAGACGGUUGUACCUGACCGCUUUAAGGUUCUGCUGUCGCAAAGAAGAAGAUGGAUCAACUCCACCGUUCAUAAUUUGAUGGAGCUGGUCUUGAUCAAGGACCUUUGCGGGACAUUUUGCUUUUCAAUGCAAUUUGUCAUAGGAAUCGAACUGCUUGGUACCAUGGUUUUACCCUUGGCUAUCAGUUUCACCGUUUAUGUGGUAAUCUUUGCAAUUGUAUCCAAGCCAACGCCAAUUAUCACGUUGGUUCUUCUUGCCAUUAUUUUGGGUCUUCCGGGUCUUCUCAUUGUCGUGACUGCAACAAGAUGGUCAUAUUUGGGCUGGAUGGCAAUCUACAUCAUAGCAUUACCGAUCUGGAACUUUGUGUUGCCCACAUACGCUUAUUGGAAAUUUGACGAUUUCAGUUGGGGUGAUACUAGAACAGUGGCUGGCGAUCAAAGGGGUGGAGCUCAUGAUACCGAAGAAGGAGAGUUCGAUCAUUCUAAGAUUAAAAUGCGUACUUGGAGAGAAUUUGAAAGGGAGAAACAAUUAGGUUCAGCGCCUGGGCCGGGGCUAGGACUUUUAAAUUGA